UAUCAUCAUUAAAAAUAAGCAAACUCGAGUGCAAGUUAGUCGCCACGUUGUGAUUCACAUUUGUAUAAAAUAAAUUUAAAUAAAGAUGGUUUUGGAUUUAGAUCUGUUCCGUAGUGAUAAAGGCGGAAAUCCAGACGCUAUUAGAGAGAAUCAGAAAAAGCGUUUCAAGGAUUUGGCUUUGGUAGAGACAGUCAUUGAGCAAGACACCGAAUGGCGACAACGCAGACACCGUGCCGACAACCUAAACAAGGCGAAAAACCUAUGCAGCAAAGAAAUUGGAGAAAAAAUGAAGAAAAAAGAACCCCAAGGUGAUGCCGCUGAAGAAGUUCCUCAAAAUGUCAAGGACACUUUGACUGAAGUAACUUCAGACAUAUUGCGUCAGCUAACAGUGAAUCAGAUAAAGAAGGUUCGCGUACUAAUCGAUGAGGCGAUGUCUGAAAAUGAAAGGUGUCUGCAGCAAGCCGAACAGCGCCGAAAUACUGCACUACGUGAAGUUGGAAAUCAUUUACAUGAAACAGUGCCAGUAUCCAAUGACGAAGAAGAAAAUCGUGUUGAACGUACAUUUGGUGACUGUGAACGCAGAACGAAAUACUCUCAUGUCGAUCUUAUUGUGAUGAUAGACGGCAUGAAUGCUGAAAAGGGUGCAGUAGUAUCAGGAGGACGUGGUUACUUCUUGACCGGUCCUGCAGUAUUUCUCGAACAAGCGCUCAUUCAACAUUCACUACAUAUGUUGAGUAACCGUGGUUUUACACCUUUGUAUACACCCUUUUUUAUGCGCAAAGAAGUUAUGCAGGAAGUAGCACAACUUUCGCAAUUCGAUGAGGAACUUUAUAAAGUGGUUGGCAAAAGCAGUGAACGUGGCGAUGAAGUUGCUACAGAUGAAAAAUAUCUUAUUGCAACUUCAGAACAACCAAUUGCUGCAUAUCAUCGCGAUGAGUGGCUGCCGGAAGCUUCUCUACCUAUAAAGUAUGCUGGUUUGUCAACCUGUUUCCGUCAAGAAGUAGGCUCUCAUGGUCGGGACACUCGUGGUAUCUUCCGUGUUCAUCAGUUUGAGAAAGUGGAACAAUUCGUACUUACCUCUCCACAUGAUAAUAAAUCGUGGGAGAUGAUGGACGAAAUGAUUGACAACGCUGAAAAGUUCUGCCAGUCCUUAAAUAUUCCAUAUCGCAUUGUUAAUAUUGUAUCUGGUGCGCUAAAUCAUGCAGCCUCAAAAAAACUUGAUUUGGAAGCUUGGUUCGGUGGUAGCGGCGCAUUCCGGGAACUUGUUUCCUGCUCCAACUGCCUUGAUUAUCAGGCACGACGACUACUUGUCCGUUAUGGUCAAACUAAGAAAAUGAAUGCAUCAGUGGAUUACGUGCAUAUGCUCAACGCCACAAUGUGCGCCACAACCCGUGUUAUAUGUGCUAUUCUUGAGACUCAUCAAACGGAGACUGGCGUGAAAGUGCCAGAGCCAUUAAAAAAAUAUAUGCCCGAAAAAUAUCGUGACGAAAUUCCAUUCGUAAAACCCGCGCCUAUUGAUGUUGAAGCAGCUGUCGCUGCUGCCAAAAAGGGAAAAGGCAAAAAAGACCCUGCUGCUUAGAAAAUUAUUGUGAAAUAUUUAUGGAAUUAUGCUAGAUGCAAGUUUUUUGUUUAUAUUGUAAUGCGAUUGGAAAAACUUACAGAUUGUAGAGCUGCUGCGUCAAAAUAAAAAAAAAUUCAAAUCACUAAAAUAAUCA